AGCAGCAAUUUUGUGCCAAAAAAUAUAAAAAUUUAAGCCACACUUAAAAAGUAAAGAGUUGAAACAACGAGGACGAGAAAAAUUGAAGGGAAGUAAAAAAAAAAAAGAGUUAAAAAAAUGGAGUUAGAAUAAAUUAAAAUAGUAGAAUGAAAAAAAAAGUUACCUCUCAAACGUUGGGACAUAGAAGCCAGAACCCGGACUGGCCGGACAUAUGCAAAUGGCUUCCAUGGCUUCUAUCCGCACGGAUGUUUAUCUUUCACCUUACAGUUACCCAGCGCUCCCUAGUCUCUGCAAAUCUCACCUUCUUUCCCCUAACCCUAUCUCUUGGCGGCCGAAGAAGACGCAGCAAAUCGCGCUUUCAUUCAAUAACCUAAAAAGCCGCAGAAAUCAUCUCCGACCUUUAGUAUUCGCUGCUCAAUCCAAUUUCAUCAAAGUUGCGAGAACAGUGUGGAAUGUUGGCAAGCAUGGAAUUGAAGUUGGAACAAACAUGGUGCCGGAUUCUAUUCCAAGGCCAAUCGCGAGUGUAUCAGUUGCAGUAGCUGCACUUACCCUUGCAUUGUUUGCACUGAAGUCAUUCCUCUCUACUGUCUUCUUUGGACUGGGUGUGAUGGGAGUUGUGUAUUUUGCAUUUCUGGCAUUAAAUAAGGAUGAAAGACCAACUGGAAAUGGUGAUGCAACAUCAGCUGAUGAUAGUUUAGAAGAGGCAAGGAGAAUAAUGGAGAAGUACAAAUAAAAAUGUAAGAUGUACGGAUGUUGGAUCAAAUGAUGACAAAUAUGGUGGUUUCUAAAUGUGAAUGAUUUUUGGGUAAUAUGUUUAAAAGUUUCAGGUAAGUCUGGUU